CGGGAUGUCAAAUUGGUGGAGAACAUCAUGUAUGGCAAGUGGGAGAAGCAGCCGGAGGCAAGGGUCACCCAGCAGCUGGAAGAGAUCACUAUGCACUUCGAUCUGUCCGAACCUGAGGACAGCGAAGUCACUGCGCCAACGGCAAGCGGUACUGAUGAAGGAAGCAAUGAGGAUAUUGCAGCUGAUGCUGAAGUCAAGGAUCCGGAGCAGCAGCAGCAAGAGGCUUCCAAAACACCAAGUCUGCCAAAGCGAAGGAAACAGAUUGGUGGGGGGACAAAGGAUUGGGUGAAGGUGAAAGAAUGGGUAAAUCCAACCAUCUACCCUGCACGUACCAGAAUGGCAAUGAGAAAGCUGUUGAGCUCCACAAGUGGAGGAGCCACAACUGAGCAGCAGGAACAGGCUCAAGGCGAAGAUGCAGUGCUGUUCUUGGGUGAUGACCAAGAGUCAGAUGACAAGGAGCCUGCAUACUGCUUUUACGCACCAAUACAACCUCCGAGCAUGGAUCAUGCGCUAGCCGGGCCUCAACGGGGGAAGUGGCUCGUUUCAAGAGAUGCAGAGUACAACAGCAAGAUGGAGAAUCACACAUGGGACCUGGUGUAUUUGCCAAAUGGGAAGAAGGCAAUACAGUGCAAGCGGCUAGCUGAAGAGCCACACUGGCGCUGUGCGAGGAUGGCGGGAAUGUCCUUGAACUAGAGACGGCGAAACAAGCCGACAGUCUGAGGGGGAGUGUGUUGGUGCAUAUUCAUUUGCACGUCAUCCUGUCGUCUGUUCGCAUCAUUUCGUUUGCAUGUGUUUUGUGUGCUACGUUGUUUGUAUGGUUUGUUGGGUUUGCAUG